AUGGUUGUGAGAAUUCGCCUAGCGCGCUUUGGGCGCCGGAACAAGCCCUUUUACAACAUUGUUGUUGCGCAAUCACGUUCUGCGAGGAACAGCAAGCCGAUGGAGGUCAUCGGGACCUACGACCCUAUCCCGAAGCUCGACGCCUACGACAACUCCGGCAAGUUCCACAAGGACAUCAAACUCGACGUGGUGAGGGCUCGGUACUGGAUUGGUGUAGGCGCGCAGCCUUCUGACACGGCGUGGAGGAUAUUAUCGAUGGCCGGAAUCCUCCCUAAACGCAACUUUGGAAAUGCACAGGCUUCAGAAGCUCCGGCCGCCCAGACCGAGGCCAAGGUUUCCUCCUAG